AUGGCAACCACAUUGUACCGGUCUACAAUUAACCUACACAGACCAACAGCUGGAACAUCAGGGCGUGCGGCUAUCAUUCGCCAGGUCCCAUGGAGUGGAAGCCGCUGCCUGCGACUGUUGCCUCGCGCUGCUGAGGCAGAUACAGCGCCCAAUCCGUCGCCUGGCAUUGGGGAACUCAUCCAACGGCGGAAAGAUAUUGAGUUGGAAAUAAAACUUGCGGUCAAAGGCGAGGACUUCAAAGCGGCUGCCCGAUUGAAAGAGGAGCUGGAAGCAUUAAACCGCAAGGACCCGGUCAUGGUCGCAAAGAAAGCUUUGGAGCAAGCCAUCAAAGAAGAACGAUAUGAAGACGCCGCCCGCAUCAAGGCCCAGAUCAAGCAGCUGGAGGACGAGCUAGGUCCCGCUGCUCUGAUGGAGGCCGGGUUGAUCACUACACAGAGCACUGCUAUCACCCGGGGGAUUAAAGUACAGGUGCAGAGCUUCUACCUGCCCACCAAAUCGAGUCCCUCGGCAGGUCGUUACAUGUUUGCCUACCACGUGACCAUCACCAACGAAACAACUGACGCUAUUGUACAGCUCCGAAACCGCCACUGGAUUAUCACGGACGCGCGAGGGAAGACGGAGGAAGUUAGGGGGCCGGGGGUAGUGGGAGAGCAGCCGAUCCUGCUGCCCGGGAAGAGCCACGAAUACACGUCGGGGUGUCCGCUAUCCACACCACAGGGCUCCAUGGAGGGUGAAUACACGAUGGUGGUGCUUAGUCCAGAAGAUGGACAGUGGGCGGAGACGAUCGAGGUUAAAAUUGGGAAGUUCAUGCUGGACUCCAAGGGCCCGAAGGCCAUUUGAGAAAGUUUUGGCAUCCGUUGUUGUUGCUCGUCCGGCUUCGGAGCUGGUUAUGGAUUGUGUAAGACGGCUUCGGCUUGCAUAAUUUUACGUGUAACACUCUGCAUCUAAAUCG